GAGCCGGAAAUGACGACACCAGUGAAGCCUUUUGGGCGGGGCCUGGGCCAAGCAGCUCCAGAGGCUGCGAUUUCACAUCGGAAACAAAACAGCGGCUGCUCGGGAAGGAGCCUCCCCUGCCAGGGGCCGGUGUCGGCGGCGAGGGAAGAGUAGACCUGAUCCGGGAGCCUGCAAAUGACAGCAGCCUGAGAGGUCCUUAGAAAGCUUGGCUUGGAGGAGAACACAUGAAAGAAAGAACCCCAAGAGGUUUUGUUUUCUGUGAAAAAGUAUUUCUAUACGCUUGCUCCAAUGACAGAGUUACCGGCACCCUUGUCUUACUUCCAGAAUGCACAGAUGUCCGAGGACAACCACCUGAGCAAUACUGUACGUAGCCAGAAUGACAGUAGAGAACGGCUUGAGCAUAGCAGUGAAAGGCGGAGGCGUGGCAACCCUGAGCUAUCUAACGGACGACCCCAGGGUAACUCACGGCAGGUGGUGGAACAAGAUGAAGAAGAAGAUGAAGAGCUGACGUUGAAAUAUGGCGCCAAACAUGUGAUCAUGCUCUUUGUCCCGGUGACUCUCUGUAUGGUGGUGGUCGUGGCUACCAUCAAAUCAGUCAGCUUCUAUACCCGGAAGGAUGGACAGCUAAUCUAUACCCCAUUCACAGAAGACACCGAGACCGUGGGGCAGAGAGCCCUACACUCAAUUCUGAAUGCUGCUAUCAUGAUCAGCGUCAUUGUUGUCAUGACUAUUCUCCUGGUGGUUCUGUAUAAAUACAGGUGCUAUAAGGUCAUCCAUGCCUGGCUUAUUAUUUCAUCUCUGUUGUUGCUGUUCUUUUUCUCAUUCAUUUACUUGGGGGAAGUGUUUAAAACCUACAAUGUUGCCAUGGACUACAUUACUGUUGCACUCCUGAUCUGGAAUUUUGGUGUGGUGGGAAUGAUUGCCAUUCACUGGAAAGGGCCGCUGCGACUCCAGCAGGCAUAUCUCAUUAUGAUCAGUGCCCUCAUGGCCUUGGUAUUUAUCAAGUACCUCCCAGAGUGGACAGCAUGGCUCAUCUUGGCUGUGAUUUCAGUAUAUGAUUUAGUGGCUGUUUUGUGUCCAAAAGGCCCACUUCGUAUGCUGGUUGAAACAGCUCAGGAAAGAAAUGAAACUCUCUUUCCAGCUCUCAUUUACUCCUCAACAAUGGUGUGGUUGGUGAAUAUGGCAGAAGGAGACCCAGAAGCCCAAAGGAAGGUAUCCAAAAACUCCAAUUGUAAUGCACAAAGCACAGAAGGGGAGUCCCAAGACCCUGUGACAGAGAGCGAUGAUGGUGGCUUCAGUGAAGAGUGGGAAGCCCAGAGGGACAACCGCCUAGGGCCUCAUCACUCCACGACUGAGUCACGAGCUGCUGUGCAGGAACUUUCCAGCAGCAUUCUAGCCAGUGAGGACCCAGAAGAAAGGGGAGUAAAACUUGGAUUAGGAGACUUCAUUUUCUACAGUGUUCUGGUUGGUAAAGCUUCUGCAACAGCCAGUGGAGACUGGAACACAACCAUAGCCUGUUUUGUAGCCAUAUUAAUUGGUCUGUGCCUUACAUUAUUACUCCUCGCCAUUUUCAAGAAAGCUCUGCCAGCUCUUCCGAUCUCUAUCACCUUUGGGCUUGUUUUCUACUUUGCCACAGAUUAUCUUGUACAGCCCUUUAUGGACCAGUUAGCAUUCCAUCAAUUUUAUAUAUAGUAUAUUUGCAAUUAGAAUCCCAUGGAUUUUUCUCCUUUGACUAUAAUUAAACCUGGGGAGGACAAAGAUGAUUUUACUGUGUCCACAUCUAACAAAGGCAAGAUUCCCAGCUGGACUUUUGCAGCUUCCUUCCAAGUCUUCCUGACCACCUGUACCACUGGGCACUGGAAGAAGAUGUCUACAGAAAAUGGUUUUGAACACACGUCAUCGUGACGGACUGAGUCCCUCGGUGCAAAAACUACCAGAUUUGAGGGACAAGGAGGAGGAGGAGGGGCGGACCAAGAAGUUGCUGUGCUCCCACCAGCAAUUUGACCCUUGGUCACAGGUGGAUUUUACCAACACUGCAGACUCUCAGGACUCCCAUUACCGAGAAGUUAAAUGACACGGUUUAAACCAAACAGGACUCUUCAUCUUAAACUACAUGUUGAAGAUCAACCUAAUAAACCUGUAUUGAACUCUGAACCUUUUCAGGAGGUACUGUAAGGAGAGCAGGCACCAGCAGCAACACGAAAAGGUUUUUGAAAAGGGGCUCUAACUUUCACUUUCAAACCUUUCUGCUGUAGACUUCUCAUUUUUAAAUAAGACUUUUUUUUUUUUCACCUUGAGUCAAGUCAGAUAUGUAGGUUGAUUUUGAAAAUUUUUGUUUUCAAGCACUGAAACUCAUCUAUGGUUGCAUUUCUUCCCAUGGCCAGUCUGAACUUACUUGCUUUAUCCUAAAAGUCUUAACCUCAGGUUCCAAAUUCAGCAAUUUCUGGAAAGAAUGGAACUAUAUCUAAACGGUUUCCUGUCAGCCUUAGGUGAAUUCUGGGUUUUCCACCAAAUUCUUUAUUUUUAGACAUACUUGUAGGUUUACUUGCCCUGGAUGCUUCCAUUGUUCCCAUCUCUCCCUGACUCCCCAUAAGCAUUCUCUUCUACAGCAAAUGAGACAGCUCUGUUGUGGUAGCAGAUGAUCCAGUUAUUCUAGGAUUUUACUCUUUGUGUGGUGCAAAGAAUGUGUUAAUGAAUCAGUGCUGUCAGCCUCACUGUCAUAAUUUCUUCAGUAGCAAAUACAAUGUGUGCCCAAAGACAGUAGAAUUAAAGAAGAGUAAAAUGGCUGGUGAAGCACUUCCUGUCCUGUUUUUUCUUUUUUUUUACUACAACCCAUUCAUUGUCUCUGACACUAGGUCAGAAUUUAAACCAAUAGCCAAAAGCUGGUGGAUUAUAAAGUCAGUUGUAUCAGUACAAAGCAAGAGUUUGGAGAAAGCCAUGAUUUUACUCGGUGAGCCACGGGAGAACCAAGGGUCAGGAGGCGAACCAGACGCUGAGAAGAGAAAAGAUGGGACCACUAACAGCCAAUGGGACAAAAUGAGUUAAUGUCCCGUGGGCAGAUCUUAAGGAGGAGAACCAAGUUAUUCCUCAAGAACCUCACGUUGGGUGUUUUGUGCUUUCCCUUCUGCCUUACCUUUCAUUGCAGUGUACCUUUGUACCUUUGAAGUGGGCAGUGGAGUUGAGGUCCUGCGCAGUUCAGCUGGACAGUGCACAUAAACGGAGCCAUCAGCCUGUGGGCACAUGACACCUUUAAAUGGAGCUUUGCUGGGCGUAGCCCUUCUUUUACCACUGACCACCUUUAGCCACAGUGAUCAGAUUAUAAGCGUUUGUGAGACAUUUAGUCUCCCCCUGUGGCUGAAGAAAGGCCAGCUUUUCUUCCUGUUCCUGCUUUCUCUCCAGCCUAUCAUAUGAUCUAGUUUGCAGUUCCCUUUGGAGGUUGCUUUUGUUUUUGUUUUUUAAUGUUUUAUUUUAUUUUUUUGAGAGACAUAGAGCGCCAGCUGGGGAGGGGCAGAGAGAGACACACACACACACACAUGGAAUCCGAAGCAGGCUCCAGGCUCUGAGCUGUCAGCACAGAGCCCGAUGCAGGGCUCGAACCCAUGAACGCGAGAUCAUGACCUGAGCUGAAGUUGGAUGCUCAACCAACUGAGCCACCCAGGUACCCCGUCCUUGGAGUUUAGAAUAGUUGUUUUCUGUCACAGCAUAUUUUUUAUAAGAAACUAAAUUUAGCAGUAGUGUGCUGUUGGAGUAUAACUGGAGUUAUAAGUAAAAACUGGCUCAUAUUAGGUAGUUGAGAAAUGCAGGAAAAACAAGUCAAUGCACAGAAAGAGUGGGGCUUAAAAUAGGUUCUCGUAUCUCUUUGCUUAGCCCCUUUUUUCCAGGAUUCUUUUUCCUCAUAUAUAGCAAUGUAGGUAUUAACUUCUAGAAAGACACAUGAUUGAACCACUACAGCAAAGCCACCUGAAUAUGUUCAUGAUUUGAGGCAGUCUUGAGGGAGCCCUGAUCUAGACUAGUUAUUAGUGCGAAGGUCCCAAAAGUACCAUAUCUUUCAUGAGAGGUUUUAUCCCAGAAGAGGGUAUGUGGGGUGUGUGUGUGUGUGUGUGUGUGUGUGUGUGAGAUUUAAUCCAUCCUUUGUAUCACUGUCCUAUGUAGAAAGAUGGCAAUAAAUCUCGCUUUCUGCAGGACGGACCACAGCUCAGCAAAGAACUCUUUUCUUUAAAUCGCCAAUCUCAGAUACAGAACUUUGAACUUUCUUCUUAGGGUUAAUUCAGUUGUUUUUGAAAUGUCAAAAUGCUAGUCUUCCACCAUGAAAACUAGAUUAUCACCAGGGAAAACAGUAGCAAGUCCACUGAGGAUGUGCCCUCACACAGGGCAGGGGUGGCUGUGGAGCUGGCCAAACAAAGCAGGAUCAGCCCAGGCAACCUGCUUAAUGAAGAGGAGGAAGAAGAGUGACCACUAAUGUCUGGGUCUGACUGGCCUAUGGAACCAAGAGUGUGUACAUACAGAAGGUUGCUACUAGCCUGUGGGCAUACCAACCAUAUUUGGAAGAUAACGGACCUUUUUUCAAAGAGGAAGAGUGUGUUUUCCUGUUCUUGAUUCUCACGAGGUUAGUGUAUGGUCGGUCCUAGGAUCACCGCUCUCACUGUAAAUGAUUAAAUUUCUUGAUUAGAAAAAAAAGCUUUCUAAGCAACUUGAAAGAAAACAAUCAUAAGUGAAUGAUUUAUUGAUUUUGCUACAGAAGCAUGGGCUUUUCACUUUUGAGUUCUUGAAUCCUCACUUUUUAAAGUCUCUUGUUUUUAAAAACCCUUCUUCCAUAACCAGUGUCCAUACAGUAAGUUUAGUACUUGGCCUUUACUUGGCCUCAGAAAACUAUAUAGUCAUCCUGGUCAUGAUUUGUAGAAUAUGAGACAAAGGUUAAGCUCCCACAUAAGAUCUUCCAGGGUCAGCGUCUCGAGGAAGCCUGACCUCCAGUGCCUGGCCUUGCACAUUUGCCCCAUUCAUGAUCUAGCCCUAGAAGAGAAAGAGCUCAGAGGCCACUAUGAAAACAUUUAUUCAGUGUCUUCCAUGUUCCUGGCAUGGUGCUCGAGUCUAAAGAUGUGAAGAUGAGUAAGACCUAUCCUCAGAAUACAUCUAUAGUUUCCUGUUUCCUGAUACACGCCAUCUUGAACUUCUCUGAAAUAUUGGGUACUUGUCAGUAACCCCUUCUUAUGGUUACCAUCACUGAGGGCUUAUAAAAUUGAUGUUACAAAGGUGAUCUUGAUUCUUCCAGAAACCAACCCUUUCAAUGAAGUACUCCUUUUCCUCUAUCUGCUUUUGGAUAGUCUAUAACGGCCUGACCCGCCAUUCUCCUCACCUCCGGGGGUGUCCACAAAGCUGACUCUGCAAAGGGAACUUGAAAACUGGACAUUUGGUCUUGCCCUGGGAUGAAACAGUAUCAUCAUGAGUUUGAGACCAGAAGUGAUCCUUAACGAUUUUCUUGCUUCUCUUUAAAUGCCCCCAAACACAGGAGAUUAAAAACAAUGGUUUCAACUCUUCACAGGCUUCAGUGAAAUUGCUGAGCAGUGUACUAACAAGGGUGUCGUCAUGCUCACCUCCUGAAUCCUCUGGAUGGCAUCAUCUGAACCAUCCUCUCCUCUGGCAGGAAACACCUCAGAUGCGUGCAUUAAAAAUCAGCCUGGUGCUGAAAUGAACCCUUUCUUUGAAUGUUUACCAGGGCCUUGGCUGCCUGCAACAGUGCCCUCAGGAAGUAGCUGGGUCCACCCUGGGCCCUGGAACGUGGUGUUAGCGCUUGAGCCUGGUGUGUGUAGCAAGAAAGAUUUCCCAGGAAGCAGUUUUCCUUUGAAAAUAAAUAAUUGUUGCAAAAGGGCAGCUUCGAAAUCAAUCAGCUGUAGAAAGUAGUACAGGAUUGUUCACCGCGGGAUUGGAGGUGCUGGCUGCAGGCUUCAGCGGGCAUGUUUGUCGUCUGGCUUUUGCUUCUACAGGCACUGCUUUGUACAUGAUUCAGACAGACUGUGAAUACGUCUUUUUUAAAAUACCUUUCAGAUUCUUGGUGAGAUAUAAUUUUGAUAGACUGCAGGUUUUCCUGUGUUUGUCAAAUUAAUAAAGACUGCAUGAAUCCA